CAAAACCAGUGUAGUGUCGGCGUUUGUAACGAGAGGUCGCCUUGACCCUGAUACACAGCUCGGGAACAAUGUUGAUUAUAUAUGUGCUCGGGCUCUUGCUGGUAUCCACCGGCGGUCAGUACGCGAAGUCGGGGGUCAAAGGUGGCUACGGAGGUCGCGGCUUCCAAGAUAACACCAAUGAAAACAUCGCCAAAUUUUACGGGAACAACACCAGCCAUGGUUUUCUAUCGCAAAACCAUACGGUUAACACCAUGAGCGAUAUCGGAGUAUGUUAUAUCGAAGUACCUACAGCUCAACUUGUCGAGGAUCAGAGGCAGAUACCUAAAGGAAACGGAUCCCGGCCCGAUCUCAGCGUCAUUCGUUCUUGCUGCAAUGGCUACGUGAGGAACAUCUACAACCCUAACAUUUGCGAGCCGCACUGCAGCAAAGGAUGCGUCAACGCAUUGUGCACGGCGCCCGAAAUCUGCACGUGCUUCCCUGACCACGUCAAGAACGCCGGCGGCUUCUGCAUCGCUACAUGCCCGAUUGGAUGUCAAAAUGGCCACUGCUCCGGUCGAGAGUGCGUCUGCAGGGAUGGCUUUAAACUAGACUACGGACGUAAAUACUGUGUGCCAGCUUGCAGUAACAACUGCGCCGGUGUCGGUAAUUGCACUUCACCAAACCGAUGCGACUGCGCACCUGGUUAUCAGACAACACACGAUGGAUCGUGCAGUCCACAAUGUCGCGAUUGCGCGCCCGAUGCUUGUGUUGCUCCGAAUGUGUGCUCAGGCCCUACCAGAAUUCCGUUGCCGGGACAAAACACCCAAAUCCCUACAUCUAAUUAUCCAGGAUAUCAUAGUUCCACUUUUUACAAUCGUCCAGGGAUCGCACAAGGUCCUCUUCCCACCCAACAGCCGAAUUAUGUUGUCGGUCCCUCAUAUGGAACCAGCCAACCAGUUUCUGAUAAUCAACUAAAUGGUCCUUUACACAACACUAGUUUAUAUCCUUCUUAUUCGUUGCAACAAUUGAACAAUAGCUAUCCAGGGCAACAGCCUCAGUAUCCUCUACCCAACCAGCCUCAAUAUCCUUGGCAGCAAAACCCGCAUUCCAAUCAGCCAAACUACACCUUAUUGAAUAGCACUCUACACCCACAUUGGAAAAAUAAUUACUUUGAUUCCAAUCCGUCACCAUAUCAACCACAAUAUCCAGGACCAUUACCGAGCCCGGGCCAACAGCCCAUUUAUCCAACACAACAGUUUAAUCAAACUCAAAUGCCACCUCACUAUCCUAAUCAAAACGUUUAUCCUUAUCCUUCUCCACUUCAGCCUUGGUUUCCUGGACAAAUACCCGCAAACGGUAAUCACACGCAAAACGGCUUCUUGGACUUAUCCAAUCGCACUGUACCCGGUCAAGGUGGCUUCCCUCCCCAUCAAGGCUACUAUCCGUAUCCGCUUUAUCAACCGUCGUAUCCUCAACCAGGAUAUUUUCAGCCUAAUCAGUCCAACUCCGGAUACUAUGGGCAGCAACCAACACCAAGCACAGAUUCCUUACAUGCGGGCUAUUAUAACAAUUAUGAGGGGUCAAAUCCUCAGGCGCCUGUAUGCUCUCAGCCUUGUCUGAACGGAGUCUGUGUCGAAGGCAACAGAUGCUCCUGCAACACUGGAUAUGUCACUGAUAGUAUGGACCCCAGUGGAUUUAGGUGCAUACCUCACUGUGCCGGAGGGUGUCCUAAUGGUGUCUGCUCGGCACCAAACCUGUGCAUUUGUAACAUGGGCUAUAAAAAGGACACUAGCGUCAAGGGCAGAUCUGUAUGUGUCAAGAAAAUCAGAUGAGAUGUACAAUAAAUAAUAUACUAAUUAAUAUUAUG